AUUUCGGCUGAUAGGCCGAAAGGUGAUGGGCCUAAAAAGGUCAAAAAGGGGAAUUGAUGGCAUUAGAGUGUCGUCGCUGAUUCGAAUAUUUCGUUUGUUCAAAGUAUUAUAUGAGUGAAGUGAGAAAUAGAGAAGAAUAGCAAUGGCGUGGAGACUGAACUCGGGUGAUAUAGCCGGAUUCAAAAUUCUGUUUAGUCUGGGGAUUUUGUACGGAUUGAUAUCGGUCCUUGUAUACUCCAUCAUUCACAUGAAGUUCAUCACACCUCUUCCCAUGGACGCUCCUCCUGAUCGCUUCUCUGAGGCCAGAGCUAUUGAGCAUGUCCGCAUCUUAUCAAAGGAUAUCGGAGGUCGCCAGCAAGGGCGUCAAGGUCUGAGACUAGCGGCGCAAUAUAUUAAGACACAGUUGGAAAUGAUGAAGGAGAGAGCUCAACCUGGUGUUAGAAUAGAGAUAGAGGAGACCAUUGUUAAUGGCUCAUUCAACAUGUUCUUUUUACGGCAUAGCAUCUCUCUGGCUUAUAGAAAUCAUACAAAUAUUAUUAUGAGAAUCUCAUCAGUGGAUUCAGGAGAAAAUGAUUCUGCAGUUUUGGUAAAUGGCCAUUUCGAUACUCCACCUGGUUCUCCAGGAGCUGGUGAUUGUGGUUCUUGUGUUGCAUCGAUACUCGAGCUAGCCAGACUCUCUGUUGAUUCCGGCUGGAUUCCACCCAGACCAGUAAUAUUUCUGUUUAAUGGAGCUGAAGAACUGUUUAUGCUGGGUUCACACGGUUUUAUAACUACGCAUAGAUGGAAUGAGACGAUUGGAGCAUUUAUAGAUGUUGAAGCUUCUGGGACCGGAGGCCUCGAUUUGGUUUGCCAAUCUGGACCUGGGUCCUGGCCUUCAUAUGUUUAUGCUCAAUCAGCACUCUAUCCUAUGGCAAAUAGUGCAGCUCAGGAUAUCUUUGGUAUAAUACCUGGUGAUACAGACUACAGAAUGUUUGCCCAAGAUUUUGGCGAUAUUCCUGGCCUAGAUAUCAUCUUCCUCCUUGGGGGUUAUUUUUAUCAUACCGCAUCUGAUACUGUUGAAAGACUAUUACCUGGAAGCAUCCAAGCACGUGGAGACAAUUUAUUAAGAAUAAUCAAAGCCUUCACCAACUCAUCUAACCUGCAAAAUGCACAUCAAAGGAAAUUAAGAUCUGCUGUCAAUAGAUCUGACAAUGAACGUGCAAUUUUCUUUGAUUACUUGUCGUGUUUCUUGGUAUACUAUUCACGAAAGCAAGCUAUGUUUCUUCAUUGUUUACCUGUUGUCAUCUUUUUUCUUGUGCCACUUCUCCUACGCUUUCCAACUUGGGGACUGACCUGUUGUUUUGCAGCCUUUUAUGAUUUUCUUAAAGGAAUGCUAUGUCAUGCUUUUGCAAUUUUGCUAGCAAUUGUUUUUCCUGUUGCCUUUGCUGUCAUAAGACUGCUGUUUGCUGGUCAGUCAAUGAACUGGUUUUCCACCCCAUAUUUGGCAUUCAUGAUGUUUGUACCUAGUUCACUUGCUGGGAUGUUGAUUCCAAGAAUGCUCUGGAAAAGCUUCCCUCUGACUCAAGAUGUUUCUAUCCUGAAGUUGUCGAAAGAGGAACUAGUUUCUGAAGCUAGAUUUUGGGGAGCAUUUGGGUUAUAUUCGAUUUUAACAAUGGUUUACCUUGUUGUGGGGCUGAGUGGAGGUUUCUUGACAUUUGUUAUGUCAGCAUUCAUGCUUCUUGCUUGGAUUUCCUUUCGCCUUUCUAUGAAGUCAUUUAUUGUUGGACCAUUUAGGUCAACUGCAUGUUAUGUGAUCCCUCUCAUUCCUUGUAUAAUGUACAUGGUGUAUUUUGGCGGAUUUCUUGUUGCUUUUGUGAUUGAAAAAAUGGGCAUGACAGGCUCACUCCCCCCACCUUUUGGGUACUUCAUUCCUGAUGUUAUAGUGGCAGCAAUUAUUGGACUGGUGACUAGUUGGUCUGUUGGACCUAUUUUGCCUGUUGUGACCCACUGGUUAGCCAGGUCAUCUAUACUGCAUUUUUUGCUACACAGCAGCAUUCUCGCUUUGGCUCUUUCAUCACAAUUCUUUCCGUACAGUACCGAUGCACCUAAAAGAGUUAUAUUCCAGCAUACUAUCCGAAAUGCAGGUGCCAGUAAAAUUAUGGAAACUACCUAUGAUUUUGCCGUCGUUGACUCCAACACUCUGCCUUUCGUUUUCAAGCAUGCCCCUGAAGUGGCCAACACACUGCACAUUAAUACAGAAUUAUCCUUUGAUGCUGUCAAGCAGUCUCAUCAAGAAGAGUGGAUGGGUAUAUUUCCAAUAUCUUCGCUGUUUUCUAGAUGCAUGAAGUUUCCUGCAAAAGGAUCAGAUGUCUCGGCUGAAUACAAUCAUUUCCCACACCUAACGACUAAUAAGCCACAAGAGAGCUUGAGUGGGGGUUCCCGUAGGAUCUACUUGGAGUUCUCCCUCGGUUCCUUGAAGGAAGUGUGGGUUGCAGUCCUUAAUAUUACUGGUUCGCUAUCCAGCUGGUCAUUUGCAGAUAACGUUCUUCCAGUUCCUGAGAAGACUGGUAAUGGUCCGCCAUCAUAUAUAUGUAGAUUAAGUGGUGCAGGCGAUAAAAACUGGACCUUUUGGUUGGAGCAAAGGAGGAGGCAAAAACUAUAAGUUAUGUUUGGGGAUACAUCAGGCAGCCUCUCGCCUACAGGUACAUUUUCAAAAUUUAAUAUUUUUCAGCUGUAAUACUAAUGAAGGUGUGAAGAAAGAGAUUGUGGAUAUCUUCCAUGUUAAGGAGGUGAAUGCUCCUAGAAAGUACCUUCGCUUGCUGACAGUGGUGGGAAGAUGGGAAAUCUUUGCUUAUAUUCAGGAUAGAGUAAUCUCAAAAAUAAACAUUUAGAAGUGCACUAGUCUCUUACGGGCAGCACGAGAAGUAUUGCUCAACACAGUGAUUGAAUCAAUUCCAACUUAUGUGAUGAAUAUGUUCUUGAUUCGCAGUACGAAUGAAAUUUUGUGAAAAUCGGGAAAGAGGAAAAAUCGAGGAAUAGGUGGGGAUGUCUUGACAUAAAUUUUGUGUCUGCAAGGAGGUUGGGGGUUUGGGCUUUCGCAAGUAGUAAGAAACAUUACCCAAAUUUAGGACCAAUCGUCCACCAAAACAAAUUCACAAAUUGAGGGCUCUUCUCCGCCAACUUGCCAAAAAUAGUUUUCCCGAUUUUCAGAUCUUUUAUAUCAGCUAAACCAUUGCAAUUGUGAAACCGUCUUCACAAUUGUGAUGCCGCAACUGUGGACUUCCCAUAGUGAAAGCGGAGACCAUCUGGAUGGACCCUUUUGCAAUUGCUACCUUGGCCAUUUGCAGACAAUCAAUCAUUGAUCAACUGUCACAAUUGUAAUCCCUGACUUGCUUUUGCAGAGGUCAUAGAGCCUCACUAUGCAUAGGCAAGCCUUUGGCCGCAAAUGUGAUGCACCAGCUGACAUCAAUAUCAGUUAUUCUGCAACAACUACAUUCUUCAUCCAGACUCCUUGAGUCCCAAAUUCUCGUAUGGCAACAAUUCCAAAAACAUGAUAUAAACCUAACCGAAGCUUCAAAUAACACGAGCACAUAAACUUAAAGAGGGGUUAGGUUAUUGAUUUUUCAUUUAACCCUUCCAAAUCAAGACCGAUUUCCGAAACAUUCGUGAGCCAUUGGGGUCUUAACCCAAACUAUCCCGCUAAGUUCAAAAGGGUAAAACCAAGCUAUCUAGAAUAUUAAAGCAUGAACUAAUGUACUAUUGCUUAAACGGAGGUUUGAAUUGUUACUUUCAGGCUGCACUUGCCUAUAUCAGCCACUCUUGUGGUAGGAGUGCAUUAUGGGGCAGCCCUGGAGGAUAAUCCCUCUCUCUCUGACUUGUAUUUGAUAUCUUUUAGAUAUUUUAUAUAUACCGAACACUUCAGUUACUGCAUGUGGCUUCCUCAAUGAAUCGAGGAUUCUUUAAACACACCUGUACGCUCAUAAAC